AUGACCACUUUGGGGAAUCGCUCGAGCACCGGGCGUUACACAAGAAGCGUAGAAGACCCACAGUCCGUUCGGGCUCCGAAUGAGAAUGAUUUUGUGGUCAAUUCAUUCCGACUGGAUGAAUACCUGUCCAACAUCGCACCCUUCCUGCUCAAACUGCCAAGCUGGCUGGGAAAAGAUCGUGCCGUUGUGCAGCAAUUCACCAAUACCUUCUGGGGAACAUUACUGAAGGAACAUAGCGAGAUGCGCGAGCGUGUGAGAGUUGGGACUGCACUGGAAUGCUUUCAGACCAACUUCCUCGCCAACCAAGAGGAAUACGGUCUGUAUGAUCUCGAGGCGCUCGGGGUAUUCUUUGCAUUCAUGGACGCUGGCACGAGUUCACCGCACAACGUUAUGCUGUCUUUCACGAUCUGCAUGCUGCAAGACCCCGAAUGGCUGAAGAUGCUGGAAUAG